GUAUAGGCUUAUUCAAUAACAUUGAGAAACGCAUGCGCAAGAACACUGUAGCAAAAUGGCGAGCCUGUUGAAAGUGACUGGAUGUGUUGCACAAAAAACGCUGCUACAAAAUUUAGCAAAACCUACAGCAGUAUGCAGCAAGAAUUUCCACUUUAAAAUUUUUGGACAAAAUCACACAAACAAAUCAUCUAAAACAGGCGAGCAGUUAUCGCGAGACUACCCUGUCAUAGACCAUACUUACGAUGCUGUAGUGGUGGGUGCUGGUGGUGCGGGGCUCAGGGCUGCUUUCGGUCUUGCCAAUGAGGGCUUCAAGACGGCAUGUAUCACAAAGCUGUUUCCAACCCGUUCACACACAGUUGCUGCACAGGGUGGGAUAAAUGCUGCAUUAGGGAACAUGGAGGAGGAUGAUUGGCGAUAUCAUUUCUACGACACAGUGAAAGGAUCUGAUUGGCUGGGAGAUCAGGAUGCGAUUCAUUACAUGUGCGAAGAAGCCCCGAAAGCUGUGAUUGAGCUGGAGAAUUAUGGUAUGCCAUUCAGUCGUCUUGAAAACGGAAAGAUUUACCAGCGAGCAUUCGGCGGACAAAGUUUGAAGUAUGGCAAGGGUGGACAGGCUCAUAGAUGUGCGGCUGUAGCCGACAGAACUGGUCAUUCACUUCUACAUACACUAUAUGGAAGGUCUUUGAAAUAUGAUACACAUUACUUCAUUGAAUACUUAGCCCUUGAUUUGAUCAUGGAAGAUGGUGAAUGUCGGGGAGUUACGGCCCUUAGUCUUGAAGAUGGCACAAUACAUAGAUUUAAAUCAAAGAACACGAUUUUAGCAACAGGGGGAUAUGGAAGAGCAUAUUUCUCGUGCACAUCAGCUCACACUUGUACAGGUGAUGGAACUGCCAUGACAGCCCGUGCGGGACUUCCCAAUGAAGACAUGGAGUUUGUACAGUUCCAUCCAACAGGUAUAUAUGGAGCGGGUUGUUUAAUUACUGAGGGUUGCCGUGGUGAGGGAGGCAUCUUGCUCAACUCGAAAGGAGAGAGGUAUAUGGAACGCUACGCCCCAACUGCCAAGGAUCUUGCCUCCAGAGAUGUUGUUUCAAGGUCGUCUACUAUUGAGAUUAGGGAAGGCAGGGGCUGUGGACCAGAUAAAGAUCAUGUUUACCUUCAACUUUCACAUUUACCAGCAGAGGUAUUGAAAACUCGACUUCCAGGUAUCUCGGAGACGGCCAUGAUUUUCGCUGGCGUUGACGUCACUCGAGACCCUGUACCUGUGCUCCCAACAGUACAUUACAACAUGGGCGGUGUUCCUACUAAUUACAAAGGACAGGCAAUCACAUUUGAUGGUAAAAAUGAUAGAGUUAUCCCAGGUCUGUAUGCCGCUGGAGAGGCAGCAUGUGCCUCGGUUCAUGGUGCCAACAGGUUAGGCGCAAACUCACUUCUUGAUUUGGUGGUAUUUGGCCGUGCCUGUGCCAACACUAUCAUUGAAGAAAAUAAACCAGGGGAGAAGAUCGGUGAUAUAGCUCCAAACGCAGGUGAAGGAUCUGUUGCUAAUAUUGACCGAGUGCGGUUCUCAAACGGCUCGGUACCCACAGCUGAUCUACGUCUCCGGAUGCAGAAAACUAUGCAGAACCAUGCAGCUGUGUUCCGUGACGGCCCCACAUUAGAGGAGGGUGUUAAAAAGAUGCGGGAUCUUAAUAAAGAACUGGAUGAUCUAAAGUUGUUUGAUCGUGGAAUGAUCUGGAACACAGAUCUUGUGGAGAGUCUAGAGUUACAGAACUUGAUGAUAAAUGCUCUUCAAACAAUCGAAUCUGCCGCCGCUCGUAAAGAAAGCCGUGGAGCACAUGCGAGAGAAGAUUUCCACCAACGUUUAGAUGAGUAUGACUAUAGUAAGCCACUAGAAGGCCAGACUGCUCUACCAUUAGAAAAACACUGGAGAAAACAUACACUCUCAUAUACAGACAGUGCAGGAAAUACUAAACUGGAUUACCGCCCAGUUAUAGAUCAGACACUAGAUCAGAAAGACUGUCCAAUGGUCCCACCAGCCAUACGUUCUUAUUGAGGAUUUUGUGUACCAAAAAACUAUUUAUAGAUUAUAAUAAUUACCGAGUCUGUCCUUCUAAAUGAGCAGUGUAACAAAUAAAAGUACCUUUUGUGUGGGUUUUGAAAACACACGCACACAAACCAAUGAUAAUAAAAAUAGAAAGGUGAUAAUAAUAAGUUAAAGGUCAAGAUGUUUUCAUCUUUUAUUGUGUUCUUUUGUUUAUUGUUGAUGGAAGAUUUUCAUAAUUGCUUUUUGAUCGUAAACAACAAUUUAAAAAAUUUUAAUCUAAAAUGAGAAAGGCGUUUGAUUCUCUACUUUUGAAAAGUCUGUCAGACAAUUAAAGUAUGACAUUUUUAUGAUGGUUCUGUCCGCAGUUGUACAGCUGAUGCGAGUCUUUAUGAUAUAUAGUCACAGGUGUGUGUCUUGAAAUCUUUGAAGUAUUAAAAUCACUUUGAAAUGUUGGUCUGUUACCACUAUUGAAUUUAAUGUAAAUGUUAAAUUGUUUUUCUGUUAAUUUUUUUUUUGUAUUGUGUAUUAUGUAUGAAAUUACUGUGUAAUAUUUGUGAGAUACAUUUAUAUAUUGAAAUAUUUGCAGUAAAGACUUGAAAUAAGAUCCAAAUAAAUUGUGCAGUAGUGAUCGAGAAAUUAUCGUCCAAUUUCUAUAUUCAAACAUAUUUAGUUAUUGUUGUAAAACUGACAUAUAGAUUGAAAGAGAAGACAAUUAAUUUAUGUUGAAAAUAAUUGUACAUUAAAUGCAUAGAUAAAUGUGGCAAUGUCUUUUUGUUUAUCAGAUAUAUAUUUUUGUGAAAAAUGCCAUAUAUUGGUUAAAUACUAAGUAUACACCUAUUGUCUUUACAUGCUUAAAUACCCACUUAAAUAUUUAAGGGAUUUGUCCUAACAAUUUCUAAUUUCUUUUUCUUCUUUUUUUGUUUCUUUUUUUUAAACAUUUAAUAAACAGAAUAUAUUUGAAACAGAAUAUAUUUGGUUAGGUUUAUGAGAUAUAAACUUCCCUCUUGAUUGUUGUGGAAACAAAACUAGAUUUAAACACACGUUUGUGCUAAAUUAUAGUGCUUAGAAUAUAUAUUUUCUUAUUUUUCAUUGCAUCUUGACUAUAGAAAGCUUUGCAGACAUAUUGUCUUUACUGAUCGUGUAUUUAUUGAAUAUUUGUUUUAUUACAAAACUGAAUAAAGUAUAUGAAAUUCUGAGACAA